AUGCGUCUUCUCGCGAAAACGUCUUUCGUACUCAGAAUGAAGAUCUCCGCUUUAGUCGCCUUUGCUGGCGUCAGUGCCCAAGCUCCUUCCGGCCGAAUCUACUUCGAAGAAGAUCUUCCAUGCGACAACUUCGCCGAUCUUUUCCCCCCAUCGGACUUCCCAGACAUGAAGACCAAGUGCAAGACCAAGCGCAACAUCAAAAAGAAUAAGAUCAAGACCCGAUGCAACCUCCUCUGCCUUAACGGCCAAGAAAACGUCUGGUCGACCAAGCCAAUCAAGUGCAAGGUCCAACGAAAUGCUGGCGAUCCUGACUUCCCCGUCGGUUCGUACAAAUGGAAUCCAAAAUCCAUCGACGGAACCGAUCUUUGCGGAAUCAAGGAGCGAUGCCAAGACCCCAAGCGAAUGUACAAUCUCACCAACAAACUCCUCAACAUGGAGAAAUUUGUCGAUGGACGACGAACCUUCUACAACUUCAGCUGUGACGAUAUGGUCAGCGAAAACAAGGUCUUCGAGAUGAUGCCCUUCCCAACCGACCACGUCACCUGCACUUGCAAUUUCAACAAACCCAACAACGUCCGAUGCAAAUGGUCCAAGGUCAAAAACUCCAUCAUUCGAUGCGUCCGACGCGACCGAGAAGACAAAUUCUUCGAAGGCGACAGUGGCUUCGCCUACGACGAUAUGUACGAGAGCUACUAA